GAUUCGUCGCUUGUGCUUGGGCCUCGCCGCCACAGACACUGUUGUACCUGCUUGUUCACAUACUGUCAGUGAACGGCAUAUGAAUACCCUCCUGGCGGGAGAUAUAUAGGUAAUAUUUUAUUGGUCGCCGUUUCUUCGACGUCUUCAAUUAUGGCAACUACCAGUCCAUGUGUCGUGAUCAGUGAUGACGAGCAGGGUUAUGACCUGGACCUUUUCUGCAUACCAAAGCAUUAUGCCUCUGAUCUGGAAAGGGUCUACAUCCCACAUGGACUCAUUCUGGAUAGGACCGAGCGGCUGGCCAGGGAGAUCAUGAAGGACAUGGGAGGGCACCACAUAGUGGCCCUCUGUGUGCUCAAGGGGGGCUACAAGUUCUUCGCCGACCUGCUGGACUACAUCAAGGCCCUGAACCGCAACAGUGACCGGUCCAUUCCCAUGACUGUGGACUUCAUCCGGCUUAAAAGUUACUGUAAUGACCAAUCCACUGGGGAGAUUAAGGUGAUUGGUGGAGACGAUCUGUCCACACUCACAGGGAAGAAUGUCCUGAUUGUUGAGGACAUUAUUGACACUGGGAAGACAAUGAAGACGCUGCUGGAACUACUCAAGCAGUACAAUCCAAAAAUGGUCAAAGUUGCAAGUCUAUUGGUGAAGCGGACACCAAGGAGUGUUGGCUACAGACCAGACUUUGUAGGAUUUGAAGUUCCUGACAAAUUCGUGGUGGGAUAUGCAUUAGACUACAAUGAAUAUUUCAGAGAUCUCAAUCACAUCUGCGUCAUCAGUGAAACGGGAAAAGAGAAGUACAAGGCGUGAGGAGUCCAGCACUUCCUCCUGUUGUACAGCCGUCUAUCAUUUGUUAUUAUUGAUGCUCUUUCAUUGUUUUCCUUUGUUCUUUUUUUGUGCUCUUCAUUGUGGUGCUGUAGCUCACCACCAGUAUGCAGGUUUUCCACUCAGGGGUCAGCGGUGAGGUGCAGAAGAAGAGAGAGAGAGAGAGAGUGUGCGUGUGUGUGUGUAAAGCUAACAGUACCUCACAUUGGCUUUGACCUUUUAGCCCAUCCAGUCUGUGGCUGCCAUACACACAGUUUAAACCCUCAGCCUAAACCCUAAGCCUUCACUCUUCAUUGGUCCUCACAGCCUAGUGCUUUUCAAACGUACACUCGUGAGCAUGUGUGCAGUUCUGUCCAGGUGAAAACACAAAACUUCACAGGAAGUAUGGGUCACCUUAUAAUUUAUUUCAUUGUGACUUUUAGUUUAAAUUCAUAUACAUUGCAUUUUUUUUAUUUUAAGUAGAUGUGCACAAUUCACCAGACAUUUAAAAUUAUUAUAUGAACUGUUUAUGUAUAAUUAAGUAAGUAUACUGAAUCCAGUAUACCUCAUUUGUACAGUAAUUAUCACAUUUUGAGGGAUGUACAAAUGGUAAUUAUAGUUUAUUCACAAAACUCACUGAAAACACAAUGAAGUGUUUCACUGUAACAGUGGCUUUGUGUUUGAUAAUGUGUUGACAUUUUUAUGCUGGUAUAUGUUAGCUGUUGAGACAACCUUUUAAGGAUUUUUUCAUGGAAGUGUGUAAGUAAAAUACCUGCAUUGUGAUCAUAGUCAAUGGUAUUGCAAUUUCAGUUGCUUGCUUAUUCUGCUGAAUAUGGCUUCAUGUUGAGAGAUUAGUGGUGGAAAGUUUGUUUCAUCUGUCAGACUACAGUACAAAACUGUACAUUUCAAUUGGUCUUCCUGGAGUGUUUUAUUCCAAUUCCUGAAAAAGAUUGAGCAUUUGUUUCAUUCAGACUCCACAAGGCCAACCAACAAAAUGUUCCUCUGAUGCAUAUGCAAUGCUUUUGUUGUUAGAUUAGUGAUGGAUGACCAUAGACAACCUGAUUUCAGCGUGCAGAGGGCAACAUGGAGCACAUGGAGAUAUUUUGCAUUAUGCCUCUAGUGCAGUGUUCCUCAAAGUGUGGUCCAGGGACCACUGUUGGUCCGCAAGCUGUCCCAAGUGGUCCGUGAGCAGACGUGAGCAACUUGUAUGUAAAUCCAAACAGUUUUGCAACAUGCCUAAGUAAACUUCGCCAGUUUAAAUCAUAUGAAUCCUCUGACACAAUAAGCAAGGUGCAAAGACAAUAAGCAAGGUGGUUCAGUGAGUAGGCCUGUUGUGUAAUAUACUGCUGAAGUAGAUCUACUUUUUUAUUUUUAGCUAGGUGGUCCGUGAGUUUUUUUUUUUUAUUGGUUAACUGGUCUUUGGUCUGAAAAAGUUUGAGAAACACUGCUCUAGUGAAACACUGGGUUUUAUAGAGCUCUAGAAGGAGAGGAUAAGAAACUGAUGUAUAUAGCAGGUGAUGGCAUGGACAAAACUGCCAUGAUGGUGAUUUGCUUAAGUAAAGAAUGGGCAUUUGAUAAACAAAAUAUAGGAAAUCAGUAAUGUUGGGCCUGCCUUUCACAAUGAUAAAAUGUGAGGAAUAACCUUCAGAGAGCCCAAUAAAAAAUUUGCCAUCCAUGACAAAAACGGACAUUUACCGACCUAAAUUAAAUGACGGGCAAAGUCAAGCACCAAGCUCUGUCUCUCGUGCAUGAAGUAAAGCUAUUGUGUAGAAUGUGGGAGUGUAGAGCUCACCCAUCAGUGUUUGCCUGUAGGGUAUUACUGUAUUAAAUUGGCAAAAAGAUUUUUCCUUAGUUUAAGUUGGACUUGAGACUGCAUGUUGAUUGGAAUUUCAAUUAGGGCCUCAUAGUUACCGUAUUUUCCGGACUGUAAGUCGCACCGGAGUAUAAGUCGCACCAGUCAAAAAAUGUGUCAUGAAGAGGAAAAAAACAUAUAUAUAAAUAUAAAAAGAGUCGCAGGACCAGCCAAACUGAAAAAAAGUGCGACUUAUAGUCCGGAAAAUACGGUAAUAUUGAAAGCAAACCCGUCAUAACUGAGAUGUAAGACCCUUUAUUAGUAGACAUUAAUAGAGUAAUCAUUGUUGUCUUGCUAUUGAUUCCAAUUGAAACCCAUGUGACCAUUGUCUGCAAAAAUACAAAUUCCUGCCACAUCAUCAAAGUUGCAACAACUAAGAGAAGGUGUGGCAUUUGUAAUCUACUGAAAUGUGAGAAUGCAUUUGAAGAUGAAAAACAUUUUUACAUGCAGUGUGCAGUAGCAGUGAGUUGGGAAAGCUUCCAUUGUGGUGCUGCUACUCUUAGUCUCUUAAAGGUGAAAGUGAAGAGCCAUCAAAGUCUAACUUUGACUUUUAAAAAUGCAACAUGUACUUGUUCUCUACAAAUAGUACUGAAAUGUGGACACCUGCUUCUGAAAUAGCAUUCCCAACAUAUCCUUGAAGUAAAGUUUCCAAAGAUCAUACUUUUAGUACUUAACGUAUAAUUCAGCAGAUACAGAACAUGAGCAAUCUGUUGAUAACUCUACACUUUGAUCAAUAACUUUAACUCUUUAAUGCCAAAUAAAGUGCACAUCUUGAUGCCUCUAAUGCAAUUUUGUGCUGGACAUACAUAUGAUGCUUGUGUUAAAAAGGUGUUUGCAUACAAAUCUACAUGCUUCUGUGGAUAUUGUUGCUGAACAUAUAAACGGUAUGACUGACGAUAACUGGUUUUAAAUUUAUGCUUAGAAAGAAGGUUUGUGGUGCCUUAUCAAUGUUGGUUAUGAUCACGGUAGAGUGAUGACCAGUUGCGCAUAAACCUUUUUGUAUUUACUUAACAACCAUCCAAUUUUGUUUGUUUUAUUUUGGUUAUUUACCACAAAGUUAACUGGGAAUUGGCUGUUGAAUUUAUUGUUUAAGUAAUGGUUUGACAAAAUUACAGCCUGUGUGGAAAUGAACAUCCCACCCCCUCCUAAAUAAGUAGGGACUUACAGCCUUGUAAGAUACUCUUUGGACUGUAUGAUCAGAAAUAAUCAAUAGAGCUGAAUAUAUUCCCUAUGACUGAGAUAUAGGAUGUUUGUCUAGAUCCACUCUUAGCUUUGCAUUGAAUCAGUAAAAACAACCAUUUCAUAAUAGGACUGCACCUGUCCCAUAAGCUAUAUGGCAAUAUGUAAUCGUGGAGUUUUGUUUUGCUUGUCUUAAGGUCCACAAAAACUCAUCUCCAUCUAUAUCCUCUGAAAUAUGUCUAAAAAUUAGUUGAUUUAGUCAGGGUGAGAAAACAUGUUAUAUAGACUAUGAAUGCCAUUUGGAACAGACAGCCCCUGUAAUAUUUACUGGGAUAUUCUGUGAACUUGAACAGUUGUGACACACCAAGUACAGAAUCAUGGUGUUUCAAUAUUAGACCACCAGUGCACGAAUAAACAAUAUCAGAGCUUC